GCGGGGAGGCGCUCGAGGGCCAGCCAGGGGUGGGGUCGGUCGGGGGCUGAAGAGGGGGGACGAUGGCGGCAGCUGGCGGCGGCGCUUCCGCGGUCUCCGUGCUGGCUCCGAAUGGGAGGCGAGUGACGGUGCGAGUAGGCCCAAGCACCGCGCUGCUCCAGAUUCUGGAAGAUGUUUGUAGAAAGCAGAAUUUCAGUCCCAAUGAAUAUGAUCUGAAAUUUCAGAGGACUGUGCUGGAUCUCUCUGUUCAAUGGAGAUUUGCCAACCUACCCAACAACGCCAAACUGGAGAUGGUGCCAGUCUCUCGUAAUAGAGCAGGAAUUGAAACUACGGUACGGAUUGUGCUGCAGCUGGAUGAUUGCUCCAGGCUCCAAGACACGUUUUGCUCCAGUCAGACCUUGUGGGAUAUUCUUAACCACUUUGCACAGACCAGGGUAUACGUGGAGCAGCCCUGUGAGAUCUCCCCUGUCUGUAUUUACAUGCGAGAUGAGGUAACUGGGAAAACUGCUUUGGAGAAGACAAGUCUGAAGUCACUUGGUCUGACAGGAGGCAAUGCUAUCAUCAGGGUGGUCAAAAAGAAGUCCACCACCUCUGACCACGCAGAAGCAGGAAGUGGUGAAUUUCCUUCUGAAAAUCUGACAGCAAGGUCACGUUCCAGUGAAGAGCCAGGGGGUCUGCCUGUGCCACAUAAAGCUGCCUCCCCAGCAAGCUCAACCUGCAGUGAUGAGGCCGUCUUUGCCAGCAGUAGCACCGAUAAGCAGGACAGGAGUGCAGAAUCUCAGAGCAGCUCAGUGACCUGCCAUUCUCCUUCGAUGCCUUCCUCAUUUGUCCCUUUUGUAGGUGGUGGCCAACGUCUGAGUGGUGGCUCUUCUGUAUUGGAUGUGCCAUCUCCAAGCCUAUCAACAUCUCUGUCCAGUCCCGGAGGGCCUUCCAAGCCAAAGAAGCUAAAAAACAGUCCAAAAAAACUACAGGAACAAAACGAGCAUCUGGAGCGUGAGCCAAUUUUGUGCCAUCCAAAUCUACAGAAGCCACUGGAUUCUGGCUCACAAGAACUUCCAGAUGAGUUCUUUGAGGUGACUGUAGAUGAUGUGAGGAAACGUUUGUCUCAGCUCCAGAAUGAGAGGAAGCGUUUGGAAGAAUCUCCCUUGAUGACACGAGCACAGCGAGAAACUCAGCUGAAGGACAAGCUUCAGCGCUAUCCAAAGGUGGUACUGAGAGUUUACUUCCCAGAUCGUCACAUUCUGCAGGGCUUCUUCCAUCCCAGUGAAACAGUUGGUGCUCUGAGGAACUUUGUGAAAAGCCAGCUUGCAGAUCCAGAGAUAUCGUUCUAUCUAUUUACUACACCUCCCAGAUCCGUCUUGAAUGAUGACAGUUUGACCCUCUUCCAGGCUAACCUCUUCCCUGCUGCUAUUGUACAUUUUGGAUCUGAGAUGCAGAAAGAUGACUGUCUGAGGUUGGACCUGGUGGAAUCUGCCGUGUCCCCUUCUGAAGCUGACAUCUUAGUAGCUAGGCGGUUGUCUAAAUCAGCACCUCCUACUAAGCGAAAUUCAGAUCCUGUUCUUAGUUCCCUACCUAAGCCAAAUGAGACUGAUGGGAGCGUGGCAAGAGGGCACUCAGAAGCAGCAGUGGCUCCUGAAGCAGCACAGCCACCAGUAAGGAGGACGCCAUCUGGGAAAGUGCCAAAGUGGCUGAAGCUCCCAGGUGGGAAGCGAUGAAGGACUUGUGAUCUCCACCUUCAGAAAGUUGCCUCACUUGGCUGAGAGGCAAGUUGGGUUGCUCUGUUUUCCUUCAUGUGAAGCUGCCGAAAGACAGGGCCCAGCAAACGGAUUUUUCAGAAUAAAAUUGCAAGCACCAUU